AUGUUUGCUCCUGCCCAGCGGACCCUUCUACUUGCUCGUGCGCUACCUCUACGUACGAUUCAGCCCCUGACAAUCCUCAGGCUUCAAUCGACGCUGAAUUCAUCCGCGGCGACUGCAAUCUCAUCCUCAUCUCGUUCUCCUUCUCAGGAAGUAGUAAGUAAAGAUGCCGAGGCCCCAUUGGCCGCCCUUCCAGUAACGAGCCUACUUCGCUCGCUGCUGCUACACUCUAUCAGUUCCUCGCCGCGUGCCCUGAAAUCGGGUACAAAGGUCAUGUUGGCCAACCUCGAGACAAUGGAUAAGAACUUCCUCCUCAAGCUGGCGGUCGAUAAGACGUUCUAUGCCCAAUUCUGCGCUGGAGCCACCGCCGCUGAGAUUGCGGGCACAAUUGAGAACCUCCGCUCCCUUGGAUACGGGGGCGUGAUUCUCGCAUACGCCAGAGAGGCAGAAAUCACUGACACUUCGGCAAGCACUGAACUUCAGAACAUUAGAGAGUGGUUGGAGGGCUCCCUCAAGACGAUACAAUACGUUGAUCCAGGCGAUUACGUCGCGGUGAAGUACUCGGGUGCUGGAUCAUCCUGCCUGCCGUUACUGUCGCAGCACAAGAAGUGUUUCAACCAUCCGGAGCUCGGAGCGUCGUUGAUCAAGAUCUGCGAAGCAGCGAAAGAGAGAGGUGUGAAGCUUCUCAUUGAUGCGGAGCAGGCGCUGAUCCAGGAUGGUGUUCAUGGAUGGACUUUGGAGUUGAUGCGGCGCUUCAACACCAAGGAGAACGCGGUCGUCUACAACACAUACCAGAUGUAUUUGAAGUCAUCCCCGGAAAUCCUCUGCCGGCACCUUGAAGUCGCACGCCGCGAGGGGUUCACUCUCGGUGUUAAGCUUGUGCGCGGAGCAUAUAUCGGCUCAGACCCACGUGAGCUCAUUCACGACACCAAAUCAGACACCGACCAGGCCUAUGACGAGGCCAUCCGAUUAAUGCUAACAGGCUCUCCAAAGGCAGUACCUGAAUGGUCAUCUGCGGACAGCUCCAAGUCGUUCUUUGACGCCCCCGUGCAGAAGAUUCUGGGCGACGAGAAGAGCAAGGCAAGGGUCGACCUGGUGAUUGCAUGCCACAACAGAGACUCAAUCGACAUGGCGGUCGCGCUCAGACGCACCAUGUCGGCCCAGGAGUGCGGUGUUGGACGCCUGGUGUUUGCGCAGCUCAUGGGAAUGGCGGACGAGCUCUCGCUGGGGCUGGUGGCCCAAGGGGCGAAGAAGGCGCAGGCGCAGAACGACUUUGAUAUCGAGGUCUACAAGUAUGCUGUGUGGGGCACCACGCAGGAGUGCGUGCGGUACCUACUGAGGCGCGCGGAGGAGAAUAAGGAUGCUGUGGGCAGGAGCAUCGAGAAUAGAACUGCUGUGAUGAAGGAGGUUUGGCGGAGAAUUAGAGGCGGGUAG